GUACGUUACUCUCUCUGUAUCACUUUUCCGUUUGAUUUCUCUCCGAAUCUCCUGAUUUUCAAUUCAUCACUGCUUCUCUUUCCCUCUUACUCUCAGAUCCGACCUAGGGUUUCUGAAAUCUUUGAGUAAUAUUAUUUUUGCCAGAGAACUGGAAGUCAUGGACUCAGUCAUCGAUCCAUUGAGAGAAUUCGCCAAGGACAGCGUUCGCCUCGUCAAAAGGUGCCACAAGCCUGAUCGCAAAGAAUUUUCAAAGGUCGCGAUCCGUACUGCGAUCGGCUUCGUCGUGAUGGGAUUCGUUGGUUUUUUCGUGAAGUUGAUCUUCAUUCCUAUCAACAACAUCAUCGUUGGUGCUUCUUAGGUAAUGUAUUUAUUUUGUGCAAAAUCACUGCCUUGGAAUAUAUUAAAGUGGCGUUGCAUAUCCAUUUGAGGAUUUUCGUUUCUUUUCUUAUUGCAGUGUUUUGUGUAAAUUGAUGGAACAUGUGAAUGAUGAUGGGGUAUUUGAUCUAGUUCUUAAGGGGUUUGUUCUUAUUUCGAUUCUUUAUAAUUUGGUUACCAUAUAUUUCCAUCACUGGUUAAUGAGGUUUACUUUACAGAAUGAGAUAUUCAUUUACAUGGAUGUGAAACGUAGUUUGUAAGUCAAACUAUUUAUUUCUCUUAAAAUAAUAGCAUAAAGGAUGGAAAAGACUUUGUGUCAGCCAAUAAGGCAUCAUGGUAUUGGUAGCAGAAGAGUAUAUUCACUUCAUGGCCCACAUUAAUUGUUCAAAGGGAAAGGAAAACAGAAAAAAUAGUGUUGUAAUAAGGGGGAUCCAAGAUUUCUCAGUUUGGGGGGAGGGGGAA